AUGAGCCCUCCCAAAUCACCUAGAAAUAUCUUUUUCCCUUGGCACAACUUUAUUAUCCAUCGUUGCGGAAAUUACCUUCAACCAAACAGGAUUGCACUAAGAGUUCCAGUUAAUCUCACUAAAUUUGAAAUCAGGGAUUAUCUACGCAAAAUUUACGAUGCCAAAGUUAUCAAGGUUAAUACGAUGAUUAAAGUGCCCAGGACAAUCAAGGAUUUUGUCAAGGGAGGCAUAAAAUACCACAGAAAUGGACCAAUUUAUAAGAAAGCCUACAUUACACUGGAAGAGACUAUCCCUGAUUCGGUCAAGAUGCUGGGCUUUGAUUUCAAAUUACAUGUUAAUCCAGCGAUUACUAAGGACAACAUAACAUAUGGCACUAGGAAUAAAAUUAGACCCAGUAGGUUAGGGAGAGAUGGGCCUAAAAUUCCUUAUUGUAAUUACGGCUAUAAAUUACCUUUGGCAAAUCUUUUAAAUGAUGACAAUUUGGACUUGGAAAGGGUGAUUAAUGGGUAUUCAAAUGAAGAAGAUAGAAUGGCCCCAGAUCCAAAUCUUCCACAUUUUCACAGGGAUUAUUAUAACAUACCAGUAAAACCUGAUAAUGUACCACAACAAACUGAAAAGAUAAACCUAACUCCUUGGCGCAGAAGACUUAUUAGACUUGGUAAAUCCGAUUCAUUCGAUCCCGCUCAGGGAGAGGUACCGAGAUUUGGCGGGGAGACGGUAGAUUCAUAA